AUGCCAAGUGUGAAAAAUAUCCUCGAGUUUACUUAUUUGAAUUUACUCUACGAUCUCUUCGUCUUAUCAGUGAAGAUCACUUUUGCUAUGACUGCGGCUACUUUUAAGAUGAUUAUACCGCCUCGAGCAAAGAAUUUAUUAGGAGAAACGGUGUUGAUAACCGGUGCUGGACAUGGAAUUGGUCGCGAAUUGGCUAUCCAGUUAGCUUCUUUGGGUUGCAUAAUUGUCUGUUGGGACGUAGAUGCUGAAGGAAAUCGAUCGACUAUGAACGUGGUGUCAAAAAAUGGUGGAGAAGCUUACGGUUUCGUGGUUGACGUGUCGAAAAGAAUAGAAGUCCGAGAGACUGCAAGGCUGAUGAGAAAGAUGGGCGUGCCAGACGUGACCAUUCUAAUUAACAAUGCCGCCGUAUUAUAUCAUCGUUCGUUUUUGGAUCAAGACUCGGAUCUCAUAGAGAAGACGUUUAAUGUCAACGUCCUGUCGAACUUUUGGACCAUACAGACAUUUUUACCAAGCAUGAUACAGAACGGAAAGGGACACAUAGUGUGCGUAUGUAGCAUGUGCGGCAUAUACGGGGUGUUUCAGAAAAUAACUUACUGCUCCUCCAAGUUUGCCGUAAGAGGAUUGAUGGAGGCUCUUCACGAGGAGCUGCGUUUGGACUCCAACUGUAGGAAUAUACGAUUUACGACUGUUUAUCCGUUUUACGUGGACACUGGAUUAGCCAGGGACCCAAAAUAUAGAUUCCCUUACAUAUUUGGCGUAACUUCACCGACGUACGCUGCUGGAGAGAUAAUCAAAGCAAUUAGGAGGAAUUACACCGAAUAUACUAUUCCUAGAUGUCUUCUUACCCUAAACUCUGUCAACAGAAUACUACCUGAAACCGUGAUGUGGCUGAUCCUCGACUUCCUUGCAGACGUGGGUCGAAAACGCCGGGAAAAACUGGCAGUUGGUGGAACUGUCGCUUCGUAA